AUGUCUGGCUGCUCUGUCCUGGGGGAUGCUCUGAUGACUGAAGGCAGGCUGUGCCAAGUGCAGCUGCUGGAUGACCGGAAGCUGGAGCUGCUGGUUCAGCCAAAGCUUCUGUCGUACGAACUCCUCGACUUGGUGUCCUCUCAUUUCAACCUCAAAGAGAAGGAGUACUUUGGUCUGGCAUAUUCUGACGAUCAUGGUCAGCGCAAAUGGCUGCAGAUGGACCGUAGAGUUCUUGAACAUGACUUUGCAAAGAAGACGGUUCCCAUUGCCCUGAGUUUCCUUGUCAGGUUUUAUGUGGAGAGCAUAAUCCAACUGAAGGACAUCAUAACUGUGGAGCUGUUCUAUCUCAACGCCAAGUCAGCUGUGUACCAUGGACUUAUUGAAGUGGAGAGUGAGAAUGUCUUCAAGCUGGCUGCCAAUGCGCUGCAGGAAGCCAAAGGGGACUACAUCAGCAAUGAAAACACAAGGAGCGACUUGAAAAAACUGCCCACUCUGCCGACCAAAGUCCUGAAGGAGCACCCGUCCCUCGCAUACUGUGAAGACCGAGUUAUUGAGCACCAUAAACAGCUGAAGGGAGUCUCCAGAGGGCAGGCUAUAGUACAGUAUCUGACAUUAGUUGAAUCUCUGCCUACAUACGGAGUGCACUACUAUGAGGUGAAGGACAAACAGGGGAUCCCGUGGUGGCUGGGGAUCAGCUAUAAAGGCAUCGGACAGUACGACCAGCAGGACAAGCUCAAACCACGGAAGACUGAGGGAUCUAAUCGCUCAAACAGGACACACAAAGCCACUCUGCUGUACCAAUGGAAGCAGCUUGAGAACCUGUAUUUUCGUGAGAAGAAGUUUGCCAUAGAAGUCAAUGAUCCACACAGGAGAGCAGUCACUAAACGCACUUUUGGACAGACGGGCCUCCUCAUCCACACAUGGUACGCCAGCCACUCUCUCAUCAAAACCAUCUGGGUAAUGGCCAUUAGUCAGCACCAGUUCUACCUGGACAGAAAGCAAACUAAAGCAAAGUUAGGAACCACGAGAAGUUUAGAGGAAAUCGCAAUGGAUCUCACGGAACAAGGAGGAGCAAAAAUAACCAAACUCGGGGAAACAGGAGUAAAGAACGAUUUGAUCACUGCAAGCAAUGGCAGCUUGGUGUCUACAGAAUCGGGAGACUCGGAGAUGAGUGAAGAACAGAAAAAGGAGAAGCUUUCUGAGCUGAGGAAAAAAGAGCAGGAGAUCCAGGAUAUUCUGAACAAGAAGACAAAAGAGCUGAAAAAGAUUUGUCUACGGGAGGCGGAGCUGACGGGCAAACUGCCAAAAGAGUAUCCCCUGAGCGCUGGAGAGAGACCCCCUCAUAUCCGCCGAAGAAUUGGCACCGCGUUCAAGUUAGACGACCUCUUCCCGUACAAUGAGGACCCGAUCCUGAGAAACCUGGAGAGCCGCUUUGCCCUUCAACAGAAGAUUGUGGAAGCAGCAAAGAAACUGGCAAAUGAAGCAGAGCUGUGUAAAACUGUGAAGAAGAAAAGGAGAAGGAACUGUCUGGACGCUAUGCAUAAACUUCAGCAGAUCGAGGACGAGAUGAACCAGUACAGAGUAAAGAAAGGCAAGAAGCCCACGCAGCGCGCCUCCGUCAUCAUCGCAGAUGCACUUCCUCGCUCAGACUGCGGCUCUCUGUCCAGCCUCCCUCCAGACGAUGAAGACUCAGACUCCUGUCCAAGGCCACGCUCCUGCUCUGUACAAAGCACACCUCAGCUCAGCCCCAUGAGGUCCCUGGGAGCCGACUAUGAGGCUGACAGACAGGGGCCAAACAGAGAGACUCACCACAGCAAGAAUCACCAUAGAUUAGGUCCUGAGAGCACAGAGGUGCCUCACUAUUACCAGAAACCCAGACAGGUGUCAUCUGCCAACAAUAGUCCUUAUAAAAGCCUUCCCAGAGCUCCUCGAGAUGCAUGCAGCAUGCCACCCACCCCCAUUAUGACCCGCAACGCCUACAGCAGCAGCCAGCUCAGGUCUGAAGGCUCUCCACACUGCUUUAGGCAUCGCAGUGGCAGCUUGGAAUCACAGCCCCAUCUGAGAAAACAAAAAGACUCUGACAAACCCAUCUUUAUCUUGUCUCCAGCGCAUCGCUGCAACAGUUCAGAGGCGUUAGAGGACUGUUCCUCCUACACAAGUCAGUCUAGUCUUGAAUUAUGCGGGGCCACAAACUCCCAUUACAGUACUCUGGACUCCCGAAGCCCCACCAUGCACCGGCUGCACAGAAAGGUGGAGGUGUAUGGAAACACUGGGAGCAUGCCCAACCUGGUGCCACACAACUCCAGCAGCUACACUGAAAGUCCAGCACAAUACGCCCCCAGUUCCUAUUAUGUGCCAGGCUACUCCGACAUGGAGCCUUACGCCAACGGGGCCUAUGUGUACGAGAGUGAAGUGGAGGGCCACUACAACCUGCACCCGUCGUACCAGGUGAACGGCUACACUGGACACGACAGAUACAAGCAGUACAAGAACAGAGCAGACAGUCUGGCCCAGAACCCCUACGCCACCAUGAGGCCCCCACGCAGCAGGGAGGGGCCCCGGACUGAAGCGCUGGCUAAGAACAUGCAGAAGGCCAUCGUAGCAGAGCACCUGCGCGGCUGGUACCACCGCAACAGAGCGCCCCCUGGAGGAGGCCGUGGCAUCGCAGCAUACGACCUGGACCCUGGGUCACAACUCAGCCUGGGCUACCAGACCAUGCCCGCUGCCUUCAGCCACUCCAGCAGAACCACCUCCUUCUCUUCAGUGUCCUCAGUGGAGAGUGUGGGGAACUGGAGGAACCAGCUGGCCGUGGGUCUGACCGACUCAGACCCUUCUCUACACCAUGGAGCACCAGUGUCUCCGUACAACCGCAGCCCCUCACACACCAGAUAUUACCUGGAUCAUGGCUACAUGGGGAUACUCCACUGA